UUUGUUCGCCGCCAUUUUUUAAGUACUUGAAGUUCAACUUUGCGAUUAUGUAGCAUUUACCCUUCAUGACCUCUCCAGUUUCGGGAAAAAAGAAGGAUGCCUGAAGACCUGUCCAAUUCUUAUAAUAUUCGACCUAAUUUCAAGCACAAAUUCCGUCCUGCUUCUGUAAAAGCAAUUAUUCAUGAUGUUUUGAAUGACGAACUAUCAGGCAAAAAAUACAGCUCAGAGGAAGCCACUGCAUGGUGUAAACACAUUUCUGAGACAGUGAAAGAAAAACUGAAAGAACUUGAUUUGGACAGAUACAAAUUUAUUGUCCAAGUUGUCAUUGGUGAACAAAGAGGAGAAGGGGUUAAGUAA